AUGUUUGGUUGGCCAUUUGGGAAAACCACACUUCCCAAUGCCCUGUCUAUUGUGGAACUGAAGGUGCAUAUGGACUGUGAAGGGUGUGAAAAAAGGAUCAGAAGAGCAAUCUCCAAACUAGAUGGAGUGGAUAGCUUGGAGAUAGAGAUGGAGAAACAGAAGGUGACCGUGACAGGGUACGUGGAGACGAGGAAGGUGUUGAAGGUGGUGAGAAGAACAGGAAGGAAGGCAGAGUAUUGGCCAUUUCCAUAUGACACUGAAUACUAUCCAUAUGCAUCGGAGUACUUGCACGAGUCUACCUUCACUUCUUCCUAUAACUAUUACAUGCAUGGGGACAACGAGAGCGUUCAUGGCUAUUUUCCAGAGCAGGCAUAUCCCACUGUCCCAGAUGAAACUGUUGCUCUGUUCAGUGACGACAACGUUCGUUCAUAUUGCUCCAUUAUGUGA